CUAGCACAAAGACAGCGAAGACAGUGGCAAUGGCGACGGGUUUUGACCCAAUACAGCGCUGCCAGCAGUGGAAGCGGAGGGUCGAUCGAGAGGAGCUGGCAGCCUGCCGGAACGGGUUCAAUGUGUACAAUUACCCCACCAGUCACCGAUCUCCAAAUCCAUCAAGCCAUCAGCUUGACAUGUUGCAGCAAAAGUUGCAGCAUUCGUUGCAUUCAUCAACGUACAAUGCAGGUUCGGCAUGGCCAGGCAUCAGCAUGGUCCAAAGUCCACAGAAAGCUGCAACCGACCUGGCCUCGAAAGGACGGCCAAUUUGCACUCCAUCAGAAAGGAAUGCUUCGACGCCAAAAAGCGUCCGGAAAGCAGCAGGCUCCAGGGAGACCCCUCGAAGCACAAGCAGUGCAUCUUCCUCUCACUUGAGAAUGGAGCUACUUGAGGAGACACAAAGACGCCAGGCGGCUGAGUCGGAGCUUCUGAGGCUGCAAGAGUUCAUUUCUGGAUCUCGCGUCACCCCAAGAAGCUCCCAAUCAGUUACGCCGCUGAAGCUGAUAGAGGAGCCAGAACCUUGUGAAUGGCUCUCGGGCGAAGGGCUGAGCGGAGCUGACUGGACAUAGGGUCUCACAUUUGUUCAAGUUGGCCAAGCUGGUAUUUGCAGGGACCACGAGCUGAGUUGAAAACUUCUGACAGUUCAAUUGGGGUGGCUCGCUGGUUUUCAACCUGUCUUAUGCCACUGCAAACAUAGAUCAUUGGUGGACAGUGAAGUAUGCUUGAAAACCAGGCGUACUGGCGAAACUUUGCCAUAGUAUUCUGUUCUACCUUGAGAAAGCAUCAGUGCCAGAAA